UUCAUCGUGGGCCCCGCAGAGCUAACGCCAUCACACGCAGCGGCCACGACGAGAGAGCUCAGCGACACCAGGGCCCCCGGAGCUGCGCCGUCCGCCCCCACCCAGUCAAACCCUUCUUCACCACGGCUAUGGAAUAGAGAGCUGCGGGAUACUAGUCGCGUCUGAACAGGUUGGAGCCAAGCGGAGACCGUCCAUGACACGAAAGAUUAUAGAUAAUGGGCUGUGUGCAAUGCAAGGAUAAGGAAGUAACCAAGCUCACGGACAACCGAGACACCAGCAUCUCCCAGGGACCAGGCUACCACUAUCGGCCAAACCCCAUGCCGCAGCACUGCCCCAGCUUUGCGGAAGCCGCCAUCCCCAACUACAACAACUUCCAUGCCCCCGUCGGACAGGUGAUGAACGUCUUCGGUGGGACCCUAAGGAACCGUGGGGGGACAGGAGUCACCGUCUUCGUGGCACUUUACGACUACGAGGCACGGACGGAGGACGACCUCAGCUUCAGGAAAGGAGAGAGGUUGCAGAUCAUCAACAGCACCGAAGGGGACUGGUGGGAUGCUCGCUCGAUCACCACCGGUGGCUGUGGCUACAUUCCCAGUAACUAUGUGGCUCCAGUGGAUUCCAUCCAGGCAGAGGACUGGUACUUUGGUAAACUGGGUCGUAAGGAUGCGGAGAGGCAACUGCAGUCCACCGGCAACCCUCGAGGAACCUAUCUCAUCCGGGAGAGUGAAACCACCAAGGGUGCCUUCUCCUUGUCCAUACGGGACUGGGACGACGUGAAAGGUGACCACGUCAAGCAUUAUAAGAUCCGCAAACUGGACAGUGGAGGCUACUACAUCACCACACGGGCUCAAUUUGACACGCUGCAGCAGCUGGUUCAGCACUACUCAGACCGAGCCGCCGGGCUCUGCUGUCGCUUGGUGGUUCCCUGCCACAAAGGGAUGCCGCGCCUGGCCGACCUGUCCGUUAAAACCAAAGACGUGUGGGAGAUCCCGCGGGAGUCGCUGCAGCUCAUCAAGCGUCUUGGGAACGGGCAGUUUGGGGAGGUCUGGAUGGAGAGUGCGGAUGGUUUGUGCUUUAAUUUAACGGGCGUGUGUGUGAACUUCAUCCCUGACACUGUGGGCUUGAGUCAUGACGCCUGGGAGAUCAGCAGAGCCACACUUGAGUUGGAACUAAAGUUGGGGACGGGAUGUUUUGCUGAUGUGUUUUACGGAACGUGGAACGGCACCACCAAGGUGGCGGUGAAGACUCUGAAGCCCGGUACCAUGUCCCCCGAAUCCUUCCUGGAGGAGGCUCAGAUUAUGAAGAAACUCCGCCACGACAAGCUGGUGCAGCUCUACGCCGUGGUGUCGGAGGAGCCCAUUUACAUCGUCACAGAGUACAUGGGCCAAGGAAGCCUGCUGGAAUUCUUGAAGGACGGAGAAGGACGAGGGUUGAAGCUGCCUAACCUGGUGGAUAUGGCGGCCCAGGUGGCGGCUGGCAUGGCCUACAUCGAGAGAAUGAACUACAUCCACCGAGACCUGCGCUCCGCCAACAUCCUAGUGGGAGACAACCAGGUGUGCAAGAUUGCUGACUUCGGCCUGGCGAGGCUCAUUGAGGACAACGAAUACACGGCUCGGCAGGGCGCAAAGUUCCCCAUUAAGUGGACCGCCCCGGAGGCGGCGCUGUACGGGAAGUUCACCAUCAAGUCAGACGUGUGGUCGUUCGGCAUCUUGUUGACUGAGCUGGUCACAAAGGGCCGGGUACCUUACCCAGGCAUGAACAACCGUGAGGUACUGGAGCAGGUGGAACGGGGCUACAGGAUGCCGUGCCCCCAGGACUGCCCCAUCUCUCUGCAUGAGCUGAUGCUGCAGUGCUGGAAGAAGGACGCAGAGGAGCGGCCCACCUUUGAGUACCUGCAAGCCUUCCUGGAGGACUACUUCACGGCCACUGAGCCUCAGUACCAGCCCGGGGACAACCUCUAGACCCCCCUGGGUCCCCCAAGGACUUGGGAGGAGGGCAAAACUGGCCGAAUUAGCACUGUUACAAAACUCUGGAGCCUUCCCAGCCAGAACAUUUUUUAUUUUACAAAUCUGUACAGCUUCCUUAAUCUCCGAACCCCCUAAAACACAACCCCCUCUGUCUGUGACACGCCCCCUAGUGUCUGGGCCCCAAGUGAGGAGGGAGGCACGGAGUUGACCGGGAUCGUGAUAAUGCAAUGUAUUCAAUGUAAAUAAGAAGUUUGUUUAAGUAUAUUUGUUUGCUUUAAGAUUUUUAUUUUCAUCUGCACAAAAAUAAUAAGGUUUGAAAAUGAUGAAGGAAAACACGGAACCGCGUCAUAGCAGGUACAGUUCAUCUGUGCGUGUAUUAUAGCAUAGCUUCUGUAUCAUUUUCGAGAGAUUGGAUUGGAAGCCUCCAUAUAUUUUUUUUCAAAUUUGUGUAAAAAAAGAAAAGAUUUAUGCCAAAUUAUUUCUUGACUUCUCAGCUCGCAGUGUUCCAGCAACUUAAGGCGAGCUGGACAUUGUCCUCCAUCAACCUUUUUUUACUUUCUGAUUCUGCACCCCACAUAGCUUUUUCAGUGGUGUUAUGCUGCUGUAUGGCUCAGGGUUCUUUUACAAAUUAUAUAAAUCAUAUUUUUUGUGAAUUGCAGCCAGAGGGUUUUCAACAUCAACCGGUUCGAGCCCCGGCUGCGCCUUGUCCCGUGUCGAAGUGUCCCUACGCAAGACACCUGACAGCGGAUGUGUGUCCCCCGCCUCUUCCCCACGUCCUCCCCUAUAACCUGCUGAGCGCCAACCUACAGCCAAAUCUGGACCACUUUGCUUCGUUCUGCUUCUUUUUGUUUUAUCAGUAUUUUGGUCUUUUUGUUUUUACAGAGUAUGUUUUUAUUGGACCUUUUAAAGUGAUCCUUGGAGGAGUCCCAACUGUAUGUUCAGAGGAAACUCUGGGGACAAUUCAUUUUGCAUUUUUGGAUUCAACAAAGCAGAUUUUAAGGGUUGACUUUGCAGAAGAAAAACAGUCCAAUGAGUCAGAUCUGGUCUUAAUGCAGAUGGUUUUGUGGCCAAUGGAAUGUAUUGUUUAGCUGUACACCUGGUUGUUAAUGUUGCUAUAACUUCCCUUCUUUAUAGCUUUUCUUUUCCAUUAUUUUAACAAGUUGUUUCGUUGAUUUAGUGACUUGGCAUUUGGAAUUCAGAAAAGAACAAUAAACAUUUUACACAUGC